AUGGUAUUCUCAAAACCCAAGAAAUUGAUUCAGAGUUGCGCUCCUGCUUCCCAAACGAAGCAAUCGAGCGAGACAAACUGCUCGCCAACGUUCAACGAGACAUCUACGUUCGACUGCGGCCCCUCAUUUUCCUCCUCCAUUUCAUGGAAGCGGAACCCGACUUGGUCCAAGAAGCCAGCUCCCCUAUCUUGGAGGCUUUUGUUCGCAAAGUCUAAGAAUGCAUCAUCCUCGAGAGCCAUGCUGCAGAACGUCUACGGAUCGAACGACGCCGCCUGUGAAACGAUUGACAGCAGUGCGGAGUUGGUUGUGGAACUUUUCGGGCCCGAAUUCCGAGAACGGUUUCAUGCCGAAGCCAAGAAUCCACGUCUAUGUUUUCAAACCGUGGCAACACCUGUAGACGUGGACGCGGAAACCAACGCAGUAACAAUUUCUUUGGACGCGGACGUAAGACGAGGCCAGGGAAUUGGCUGGGGAGGUGGCACCAGCGCCUUCGUCACCUCCACCAAGAAGUUACUCAAAUGGCGCCAACUACGAGUCAAGCACUGGUCGCUCAGCCUGCGAACACGUUGGGUGCACAAAGCACGCGUUUUUGCUACAAGUCAGCUACUCUCUAUCGAACACAAGUCACCGGUUGGGGCGCGCCUGGCCUCGAUACCAACCAGCAUUUGGAUUCAGCGGGGGGUCAGACCCGUGGACCAUGGCACACAAGAACGGUACGGGCCAGAUACCCUUUUGCCAAACAUCACCUAA